GCGAGUGUGACAGACGGUUGGGAUUGCCGCCACUCGCCGCUAACUCUAGUGCUCUUCCCGCUGCUCGCGCGCUCCGCUGAGGGGACUCGACUGACUGACUGAGAGCGAGAGGGUCACUGGUUGCCAUGGAGCCCACGUACUCCCUGACGGCGCACUAUGACGAGUUCCAGGAAGUGAAGCAGGGCAGUCGCUAUAGCAGCGGGACGCUAAGCAACGGCCUGGCGCUGCAGCUGGGCGGGUCCUUGGAGAGAGGGGGCGGGACUUCACGGUGGAGUCGGCGGGAGACGUGCCUGCUGUCUGCGCUGGUGUUUGCGGCCGGAGUGUGUGUGAUCCUGGCCUGCAUGCUGACGCUCAAGUUCAUCUCCGCGGAGACCGCGGCCGACGCCGGUUGUCGUAGCGACUGCGUGAGGAGGCGGAGCCUGGCGCGGGCCGCGCGCUUCGUCCAAUCAAACGUCGACGCCAGCGUGUCGCCCUGUCAGGACUUCUACAGCUUCGCCUGCGGGGGGUGGCUCCGUCGCCACGGGAUACCGGAGGACAAGCUCAGCUACGGCAUCAUCAGCGCCAUCGGGGAGCAGAACACACACAAGCUGCAGAAACUACUGCUGCAGCCCGUCACACGCACACACACACACAGCGCCGAGAGAAAGGUGAAGGCCUUCUAUCGCUCCUGCAUCAACAUCCAGGAUAUUGACCGUCUGGGGGCGGGUCCUAUGCUGGAGGUGAUUGACAGCUGUGGUGGGUGGGACCUAUCCUCUGCCCCUCCCCCGGGGGCGGGGUUUGAACGUGCUCCAGGCGCCGUGUGGCCCGACUUUAACGAGAUGCUCUUUAGGACCCAGGGCCUCUACAGCACCUCAGUCUUCUUCUCCCUCACCGUCAAUGUGGACGACAAGAACUCCUCACGCAACGCCAUCCGGAUUGAUCAGGAGGGGUUAACGUUGCCUGAAAGGACACUAUACCUGGGACAGGAUGAGGAUACUGUGAAGAUCCUGGUUGCGUAUAAGGCCCUGAUGGAGCGGUUGCUGAGCAUGCUGGGAGCACAGAACGCCACGCAGAAAUCACGAGAGAUCAUCCAGCUGGAAACACGUCUCGCCAAUAUUACACUGUCAGACUUUGAUGACCAGAGGAAGGAUAUUAGCAGCAUGUACAACCGCAUCACUCUUGACCAACUACAGACCAUGGCACCUGGUUUGCACUGGAGGAAGCUGUUGGAGCGCCUAUUCCAGGACAGCUUCUCAGAGGACGAGGAGAUCGUGGUGCUCGCAACCGACUACCUGCAAAGGGUCUCGGAAAUCAUCAAGACCACCUCCAAGAGGGUGCUCCAUAACUACAUGCUGUGGCGUGUGGUGGCGGCGUUGAGUGAGCACCUGUCCACGGCGUUCCGGAGCUCCAUCCAGGAGUUCUCGCGGGAGAUCGACGGCACGGAGCGCCAGACGGAGCUGCAGCAGCUCUGCCUACAGCAGGCCAACAAGCACUUCGGCAUGGCCCUCGGAGCGCUGUUCGUCCAGCACCACUUCCCCACACACAGCAAGGCCAAGGUCCAGGAGCUGGUAGAAGAUAUCAAACAUGCUUUGGACGUAAGACUACAGGAACUAGACUGGAUGGAUGAACCCACAAGAGAAGCUGCCAGAGCCAAGCUGCAGAACAUGAUGGUGAUGACUGGGUAUCCAGACUAUCUGCUCAAACCAGAGCUGAUCGAUCAGGAGUAUGGGUUUGAAGUGAAUGAGAAGACCUACUUUCGGAACAUUCUGAACAGCAUCAAGUACAAUAUUGAUCUCUCAAUCAAGAAAAUACACAAGGAGGUGGACAAGACUGCGUGGCUUCUUCCACCCCAAGCACUGAAUGCAUAUUAUCUACCAAACAAGAACCAGAUGGUCUUUCCUGCAGGUAUACUCCAGCCUACCCUCUACGACCCUGAAUUCCCACAGUCCCUGAACUUUGGGGGGAUUGGAUCCAUCAUCGGCCACGAGCUCACGCACGGAUACGACGACUGGGGAGGGCAGUAUGAUCGCUAUGGCAACCUCAAGCAGUGGUGGACAGAGGCGUCAUACAGAAAGUUCCAGAAGAAGGCAGAGUGCAUCAUCAAACUCUACGAUAACUUUACCGUCUACAACCAGAGAGUCAAUGGGCGUCUAACACUGGGAGAGAACAUUGCUGAUCUGGGUGGACUGAAGCUCUCCUACUAUGCCUAUCAGAAGUGGGUGAGGGAUCAUGGUCCUGAGAGGCCCCUCCCUGGUCUCAAGUACACACACCAACAACUGCUCUUCAUCGCCUUUGCUCAGAACUGGUGCAUGAAGCGCCGGACCCAGUCCAUAUACCUGCAGCUCCUGUCAGACAAGCAUGCUCCUGAACACUGCAGGGUGAUAGGUAGUGUGUCUCAGUUUGAGGAGUUUGGCCGAGUGUUCCACUGCCCCCGGGGGUCCCCCAUGCACCCUGCGGCCAAGUGCUCCGUCUGGUGA